AUGAAGAGCCUUCUCACAAGAAUCGUCAGCCGGGCCAAGCGACAAUUGGUCUCGCGCCGAUACUUGUGCCUGACUACGAUGGCCAAGAGCAAGUUCGAGUAUGUGAAGGAAUUCGAGCGAGAUGACAGCUGUCUGCCAAACUGCUGGAUCGUGGUUAGGAUAGACGGCAGGAAUUUCUCCAGGUUCUGCGAUGCGCACCAGUUCGUCAAGCCGAACGACGUGGCCGCGCUCGAGUUGAUGAAUCGUGCCGCUAUCACCGUUAUGGAAGACUUUAAAGAGAUUAUACUGGGCUUUGGCCAGAGCGACGAAUAUUCCUUUGUUUUCCGGAAAGACACACAGCUUUACAACCGCAGAGCGUCAAAAUUAAUGUCUAACGUAAACUCAUUAUUCACCUCGGCGUACGUCUAUCACUGGCCACAUUUCUUCAGAGGCAAGGAAUUAUUUUAUCCUCCAUCGUUCGACGCUCGUGUUAUACUAUAUCCAACGGAUAAAAAUUUGAGGGAUUAUCUGGCUUGGCGACAGGCUGAUGUACAUAUCAAUAACUUAUAUAAUACUUGUUUUUGGAAUCUUAUUUUGAAAGGAAAUUUGACCCCGAAUCAGGCGGAAGAAAAACUUAAAGGUACUAUGGCAUCGCACAAAAACGAAUUGCUCUUCCAAGAAUUUGGUAUAAACUAUAAUAACGAACCACCAAUGUUCCGAAAGGGUACGACGCUCAUUCGGAAGUUAGUAGUCGACGGUACAGGGAGAUUGAAAUCUGCUAUAGUUCCUCUGAUAGAUGAUAUUAUUGGCGAUCGUUUUUGGAAGGAGAAUCCAGAAGUAAUCGGUUUGAAAAGCUUAGCGACUUAUCAAUCACCAAUUUCAACGAAUAAUAUUAAGAAUACGAUAUCCGCUUCUCUUUCACCUACCAUGGUAAAACCUGCGAACAACGUUCUUCCAACUUCACAAGUGACCAACGUGAAUGCAGUUAGUGAAGAAGCGCAUUCCAAUAUAAACAAAGACACUAAUGAAGAUCGAAUGCAGUGUGAGAGUGAACACAUUUGUAGGAGAUAAGUUGUACAAAGUUUAUAUUUUGUUUUUUUUUUUAUAUAAAGUUGAAUUGAAACUGUAUACUCAAUGACUUUUAAAAGAGAUAAUUUGUUACGAUUUUUUUCAGAAAAAAGAAUUUUGGGAAACAAGAAUGCUAUAAAAAUGAAUGUUUCUAAUCUUUGAAAAUCAACUGUUUCAAAUAUGUGAAAUAUUUUAAAAUAUAUAAGAAAAUCGUUUAAGAAAUAAGAUAUGUAUAUGAAAUUGUAUAAUUAUAUACAAAAGUACAAAUAAGCUAAUUUUGUUGGUAAAUAGUAAAUUUGAAUUAUUUAAAUUAUCACUUGUGUUAAAAAGAAAAUUGGUUUUUUUUGUAACAUUUUUUUACAAAUUUAAAUUUUGAAAGAGAGAUAAAUUAAAGAAACUUGUAAGUUUUUAUUAACGUAUACACUGUUUGCAAGAUUUUAAACAUGUUUUUUUCGAAAUAACCUUUUUUCAAAUUUCUAUCAAUAAAUUAUCUGGUAUGAUUAUUCCAAU